AUGGGGGGUGGGUUGAGGAGGAUGCUAUGCAUCAGUCAUUGUCCUCCGGGGCGGUUGUCCUGUUUGACUUUCUCUUCUUCUGUUCUGUCGGUCUCUGACUCUGCUGGGGGGUUCAGUGUUGCCCUCAUCGUCAUUCCACUUCUGUUCCUUGUGAGUGAGGGACCCUGUUGGCCCAGGGCAUGGCUGGAAGAGCUCAUCCUAGCACUACCCUCAAGAGUAGGACUUAGUCUGCCAGGGGUUGGAAGGAAAUCUAGCAAAUAAGAAGGUACACCCUCACCUGAAUAUAGAAUCAUUAGAGAGGGGUUGUCAAGCCUUUGGCUCUUAGAACUCCGGCUACAGCAGUUCUCAUCCUCUUCACCAUAAUCGCUUUGGCGUCUUGACACAAUGCUACAAGGCUUAGGUGUCUGAGAGUGGGAAAAAAUCGUACUGGUGCGGCGGGCCACAGUGCUCCUUCUGAGAGACAUUUCUAUCUCGUCACCGAUCUCCUCACGGCUUGAUUUUCUGGAACGCUUUCUACCUUGAACAACCUUAGGCUUGUGCUCAUAAGAGGUCUGGGUGGUUGACUUGACAAGCUUGCCGUGAAUUUUGACAUUUCCGAAAGAAACUUGCUUUGACUUACUUGUUUUUGCAUGUUGAAGACCUGGUGCCUGGUGCCUGGGUGAUCCUGCAUUCCCAGAUGUGCCAGCCAAUGGACUUGCUAGUUGGGGGCUUUGGGUUCUGCCAUUACAGCAGAAGCCCUCUUCCUUGUCCUUGUUAUCAGACUCAUCAUCUGCAUCUUCAGCUUCUAACUCUAAAAUCUCAGGCAGGUUUCUACUUCCUCCAGAUGUGUCAGGUAUGUCUGCCGGGUUGACAUUAUUUAGAAUACUGUCUCUAUCCUCAUUCUCAUGGUCCUCAAUGGGUAUUGGUCUAGUGUAUGGGUAUGGGGUCAAUCUCUUGACCCUUUGCAUUGGCUCAUGACUCUGUAAGGAGAUAUGGGAAUCUUCUUCUGCCAGCUCAGGUUGUUCACUUGCCAUAAACUCUGGACUCCAUGAGGUGCCAUAAGAUUCUGCCUCAUCAAAAUCAUCAUCCUGCGGAGGGCUGGAUGGCAUGGGUCUUAAAUUGUUAUUUGAUUUUACAUCACAGAAGAACAUAGGUGGUGGAGGAGAGGACGAAAAGUCAAAAGAAGGGGGUGGGGCGUGGAGGGGUUGCUCUGAGACAGUGUUGUCACUCAUUUGUUGGAACUCAAGAGAGAACCCUAUUCCUUUCAUGGGCUCAUUGGCUGGAUCAAUUCCUUGAAUGCUGUCACAUGAUAAUUCAUUUCCCUGCAGGGAUUCAGAAGUGGGUUCGGUAGAGUGCUCAGGGAACACCUCCAACACUUGCCCAGACAUUGGAGAUGGCUUGGUCUGUAGCGAGGAUUCCGGAGAUGGCUCUGCUUGACACUUUAAACUAUGGUACAUUUCAGUUAUUUUCUGUAGCUCAAGACCUAUCUCAAUCUGUUGCUGGGUUUCAAAAAGCUCAGUAUCUUGCUUAGAAUCAGAAGUCACUUCAAACCUUUUCAUGCACACAGAAGACCUCCCAGUCUUUUUCCUGAGUGUGGAUAGCAGCUUAAACUCUCCCAGAGUCAGUUGUUGUGGCUCGGUGGACACAUCAAGCUUUUCUAGGAAGUUCCAUGUUUGAGGCUCAAUAGAAAUCUCAGUCCUGUGCCUGGACUCAAGAGAUUGCUCAAUCAUUUCCUCAUGCUCAGUCUCUUGCCUGGGUUUAGGGGACAACUUGGUCCCUUGGUGGGGUUGAGAAGACACCUCAAUCUGCUGUUGGGGCUCAGCAGAGCCCUUAAACACUUGGCCAGAGGGAUCAAUUCCUUGCAUGCACUUUUGAGAUCGCUCAACCCUUUUCCUUGGUGGCAGAGGUAUCUUGAACACUCCUUGAGACUCUUUGGCUGGCUCAAGCCGUUCCUGGGACUCAUUGAAAACCUGAAACACUUGCCAAGAGUCAGGUGUCAAUUCAUAUCCUUGCUUGUGCUUAGAAGACAGCUCCGUGUUUUGCUUGAGUUCAGGAGGCAGCUUAAACUUUUCCUCAGUCUCUGUGGAGGAUUUAGUCAUUUGUUGACAUUCAUUGGACAUUUCAAAUAUUUGGCAGCAGAUAGGAGAACGCUCAAUCCAUUCAUGUGGCUCAGUGGAGCUCUCAGUCCCUUGGUUGAGUCUAGUAGACACUUGAAUUUGUUGUUUGGGUUCAGUGGACAUAUUCCAUAUUUGCCCAGAGUUUGCAAAGGAAUCAAUUCUUUGCAUGGACUCAUGAGACAGCUCACUCCCUUGAAUGUACCCUGGAAACCUCCUAACCCAUCGUUUUGGUGGUAGAGGAACCUUGAACACCCCAUGAGACUCAGUGGUUGAUUCAGUCUGUUUCAUGGGUUCAUUGGACACCUCAAAUACCUGCAAGGAGUCAGGGGUCAAUUCUACUUCUUGCUUGAGCUUAGGACACUUUUCAUUAAUUUGCUUUAGUUCAGGAAGCAGCGUAGACUCUUCCUCUUUGGACAGUUUGGUUUGUUGGGAUUCGUCUGACAUUGCAUUUAUUUGCCAGGAAUUUGGAGAUUGUUCCGUCCAUUCUUGAGAUUCAAUAGAAAGCUUAGUCCCAAAAGAUGUCUCAAUGCCUUGCUCAUGUUCAGGAGAUGACUCAAUUCCUUGCCUGUAUUUUCGGGACAACUCAUUCCCUUGGUGAAGUUUAGAAGAAAUGUCAAUGUCUUCGUCCUCUGUGGACUUUUCAAACAAUUGCCCAGAGUUAGGUAAUGGGUCGAUCGUGUGUGUGGAUUCAGAGGACAGUUCGAACCCUUGCAUGCAUCCAUAUGGCUGCUCAGUUCUUUGCUCGGGUGUGGUAAGUCGCUUGAACACUUCUUGAAGGUCUUUGGCUGUCUCAAUCUCUUGAUUGGACUCACUGGACACUGUAAACACUUGCCAGGAGUCUGUAUUCGAUUCAGCUUCUUGGCACAACUCAUUUCUUCGCAUGGGUUCAGGAGGUAGCCUGAACACUCUUUGAGGAUCUUGUCCUGGCUCAAUACCAUGCUCGUGCUCAGGAGAUAAGUAAAUCCCUUGCCUGUGUCCGUGGGACAACUCAGUCCCUUGGUGUGUUUUAGAAGAAACCUCAAUGUUUUGUUUGGGCCCAGAAAAAGCUUCAAACACUUGCACAUUGUUUGGAGGAAGAUCAAUACCUUCCAUGGGCUCUACAGACAGUUGGAUCAGUUGCAUGCAACCAGACGACCACUUAGCCCUUUGUCUUGGUGGCAUAGGUACCUUAAACACUCCCUGAGUCUCCAUUGAUGGCCCUAGCCUCUGCUCUGUACACACCUCAUUCCUUUCCAUGGGUUCAGAAGGAAGCUUAAACUCUCUUUGUUUCUUUGUGGAUAAUUCAGUCAGUUGUUUGGGCUGAGGUACUUCAGAUACUUUCAAUAUUUGCCAGGAGUUUGGUGACACCUCAGUCCCUUGUUUGCACUCAGCAAAUGGUUCAAUGUCUUGCCAUGGACCAAAGGAUGAUUCAGUCUCUGGCCAGGGCUCAGUAGGAGCCUUGGACACUGUGUCAGGUUCUGGGGAUGGCACAGUUAUUUGCUGGAGAUCAUUGGGCAUAUCAAUCUGCUGUGUUUCAGUGGAAGAUAUUCUAUGCUCAAGUGGUGGUUCAACCGCUGAUUUGUGCUCAGGAGAUAAGCCAAUCAUAGGUCCAGAUGACAUUUCAGUUCUUUGGUGGGGUUUUGAAAAAAACUCAAUCUGUUGUUCGGGCUCAGUUGACACUUCCAACUCUUGACCAGAAUUUGGAUAUGGAUAAUUCCCAAGCAUGGAUUUAUGAGGCAGCUCAAUGUCUUGAAGGCACUGCUCAACUGUUUGUUUUGGUGGCAGAGUCAACUGGAGCACUUCCUGAGGCUCUUUGCUUUGCUCAUUCCAUUGCAGGGGCUCCUCAAACAACUCAACUUCUUGUUUGUGCUCAGGAGACUGCUCAAUCAUUUGCAAUGGUUCACAAGCUGACUCAAUCUCCUGCCAGAGGUUAGAUGGCCCUUUUAAGGUCUCAUGCUCACUGGACAAUUCGAUUUGUGGUUCUGGCUCAGGGGAAACAUCAGAUAUUUGCCCAGAGUUUGGAGACAGCUCAAUCUUUUCCAUGCACUCUGGAACUUUCUCGAUCUCUUGCCAUUUUUCAGAAGAUGAUUUAAUUUUGCCCCCAGGUUCUGGAGAUGUCUCAAUCCUUUCUCCUAAAAGAGAACAGCUAUAGUCGUUGCACUGCUCACACUCAAGGAACACUGGAAAUGGAGAGAGACUGAGUUCCGAGAACUGCUCCCCCUCAUCACUUUCUAUGAUAAAUAAAGCAGGAGAGUCUGGGGGAGAGUCGGCUUGAGGGGAUCCUGCUGAGGGAGAUGGGCUAAGGUCCUCAAGGCAGUCCAUGUACACUGAAGCAGGAGAGAGACUGUCCUCUUCUUCAUGGCCCUCGAAAUACCAGGGAUCAGUAGUGGGCUGGUUUUUGGUGUAGGUCAGCCCAGUAGCUCCGGCCGCAAGCCCUGGAAGUGUUCUCAUCACAGGGGCAUCACUCAUUGGCUGCCCCUGUGGUGUUAGGUCAAUUGAUGCACUGCACCCUGGCUUGCUCAAUAAAGGUCCAGUAGAAUGAUUGCAGCAAGGGCCAUGUUUUCUAGUAUACUGAUCACAGAAUGGAGCUGAACCAAGGUUCUGUGAUGUAACUUUUUGAAGCCAUGUUAGAUCAGGCCUGCAUCCUGCAAACAUAGAACAGAAUUAACUAUAGUUAGGAUAAAUGUAUUGGCCAAAGCUAGUUUUUGCUUACAAAAAUGCACAAUGUUGUGAAUAUAUGCAAUAUUUAACAAAGAAACUAGUAUGUUCGUACUAGGACAGUCAACCUGAUGUAAAAUGAUGCUGGUUUAUAGUGAAAGAUUUGAAAAGCUUCGAUAACAUGGCGGCAAAUGAAAGACAACAUAAUAUUAUCAACUGAUGGAUUAGAUUGCAUGUAGCAGAAGAAGGCUACUGAUAUGUUACAACCUUUAUUUAUUUUUUUACAUUAUACUUUAAAAAAUUAGACACAUAUUUAAUACUGGCAUAGUAAGAGUCUCCUCUCACUGUUUAUGACAUCACCCAUGAAAACUACGAAUGAGGAGAGCAUAAUUAUAGGCCUAGAAAAACUGUAUCUACAAUUACAAAUUGUGUUGAAUACGUGAAGGUUACAAAGCAAAGCGAAACAUUUUAAGACAAAGCUAAAAACAACAAGACCUAUACAAAGAGAUCAUCCUUCAACACUUUUAUCAAAUAAAGACCAUACUCUUCUUGCUUUUAGUUUAACACAAUAGUUUACGUGAAUCACAGAAUGGUUUGGGGUACUGUAAAAGCCUACUACUACUACUACUACUAGGCCACCACUAUUGCUACUACUACUGCUGCUGCUGCUGUUACUACUACUACUACUACUACUACUACUACUAGGCCAACACUACUACUACUACUACUAUCGAACUACUACUAGUACUAUUACUAUUGCUGCUGCCGCUACUACUACUACUACUACUACUACUAACUAUUACUACUACUAACUAUUACUGCUACUAGCCUACUACUGCUAGGCCACCACUACUCCCUGGUAGACUCCCCCUCACAGGUAGUCACUUCCACUUUUCUAGAUUAAAAUCCAGUCAUAGUUAAAUUUUAAGUUAACAAGAUUCUACUCAAUUGAAAAUAUGAAAAUAACCUUACCUGGGCAAUCCACUUUAUGCAAAUGUAUGACAGGAAUCAUUCUUGUGAAGAAUUCUCAGCAGUUGAGUAUAUCCAUUUUGUUUUCGUUUUAAGUCUUACCAAGCAGGCAAGCUUUUAUAAUGACCAACAAGUAUGUGAUGAUCUUUGACAAAAGUUCUAAGAACCUACCGGUGACAUCACAAUAUCACUGUGACAUCAUCCUUACUGCAGAGUGCUGUCUUUCCAAGCAAUCUGACCUGAAUUAAAUUACAGAAUUACACAGUAAAUAAUUAUCAAAAACAACACAAACCUUUUCUGCUCAUCUUUGAAGUUUAGAAUGUUGUGGAAUAUUGUAUGGUGUGUGGCAUUAUGUAACACUAGAUGGCAGUGUCAAUGCAUCUAUUGGAUGCUUUCUCAUUUCAAGACAAAUUUGAUAUUUUUAUUGCGACAAUGAAACACAAAACAAUAUACACAUCUUUCCCUUCAAAUAACUGAAACUCUACGUACAAUUUUGCUGACAAUAUUGUUCCACAAUAAUGUUAUAGUCAAAGUUAGAUACCAACUCUGACCUUAUGGUUAGAUUGUCUGCCCUAAGAUUGGAAGGUUGGGGGUUUGAUCCCCUGUCGAAUCAUACCAAAGACUAAAAAUGGAAACAGAUGCCUCUCAGCUUGGCACUCAACAUUAAGGACAUGGAUUGAGGAGUUUAGUUUAUUAUGAUCCCCAUUAGCUACUGCACAUGCAGCUGCAACUCUUCCUGGGGUCCACAUACAAAGUACAGAACAGUUAUAGACAAGAAGGUUACGUUAAAUAAAACAAAUAAGAGUUAUAUAUAGGAAAGACAACAAAAAUACUAUUUAUACACUAUUUAUAUAGAUUCAUAUUGUUGUAUACAGUACAGUUAAAUUUGAUCUUGAAAGAAGAGAGGCGCUGUGAUACAAUAUAUUUUUGAUCUGUUGUUUAAAGCUAAACAUGCUUUUUCGGACUAAGGUCCUGUUACAGAUUAGUUUCCUGUCCAGUGGGUGUACUUCUACUUCAAGCUGCCUCAUGCUCCUGCACCUAUGGGCUGUUCUGGCUCGGACAAGGCUUACUUGUCCAAAGUUGACUUACUUAGUACAAAUUUAGAUAAAGACACAAAGCAUUACAACAAGGUGGAAUAAAGUAGGUAAUUUGUAGGUGCCAUAGUUCCCAGCUAGCAAGCUUAGACACAUUUCCUAUUGACAUCGAUGCAAUAUUUUUUUACGCACACAGCUCUCAAGAUUUGGUUGUUAAAAAAGCUUCUGCACUCAAGCACAAUUAUCAACAUAGAGAUGAAGUUGAUACAGUCCCCUGUAGCUCAGUUGGUAGAGCAUGGCGCUUGCAACGCCAGGGUUGUGGGUUCGUUUCCCACGGUGGGCCAGUAUGAAAAUGUAUGCACUCACUAACUGUAAGUCGCUCUGGAUAAGAGCGUCUGCUAAAUGACUAAAAUGUAAAAUACAUACAGCCUUUUUGAUGUGGAUUUGUUAGUGUCCAUGAAAGGCAUCUCUAUUUGUCUCUGUCUUUUUUCACUCUCAGUCUCCUGCAGGGUGAGCCCGAGCUCUCCUCCUCUCUUCUGGUCCAGAGGCAGCAGGCCCGGUCCAGAGUAGACCAGCUCCAGCACCAGACUACCCAGCUCUCCAUGUUCUUUCCCUGGCCCGGCCUGGCUCAACACAGGAAGGCUGCCCAACAGGCCCGGGCACUACUGGACCAGGCCACAGCCUUGGGGCCGGCCUUCUCUGCCUUGGGGGCCCAGAGGAAGGAGCUAGCCCAGCGCACCAAGGACCCCAAUUGGGAGGACCCUUCCUGGGCUACACUAGAGGAUUGCCAACCUGCCUUGGUCAAAAAGCUCCAUGUGAGUAGGCUAUGUUAAAAAAUAUUAUAAUAAACAAGAUUUCUGAAGUCAAAGGGGGAAUUACUGGUUGGAUUAAAAAUGUUUUCCUGUUGAUUCAUGGUAGAAUUCCUACAGUAUCUGAGCCACUGAGAUGAAUAACACUGAGAUGUAAUUCAACAAUUACAAUUACAAAAACUGUAUGAAGUUUCUUGCUUUUUUGAAUGAUCAUAAUUUUUAGGGAAUGUGUGUGAGUCUUGAGGGAGGCGUCCGUAAUGAGGAUCGCUGUGGCCAGCUGUUGCAGGACUGCCGGCACACCUUGAACUCACUGCAGGAACGGAUGCUGGGUAUUGAGUCCCAGCCCAGAGACCCUAGUGUCCUGGAGACUGAUACAGGGGCUGUGGAGGUGAGAUGUAUUAGUGUGCACACACCACACCACACUACACACACACACACACACACACACACACACACACUCACACACAUCCUUAUAUAAACUCAUCCUUUCAGAAAUAUGUUUUAAUUGCAUUUUCAACUGUAAGAGAUAUUCUGAAGAAACAACAACAACAAAAAUCUGUCUGUCCCAGUAGGCUUUGCAGGAGGCCGUGGGCCACAUGGAGAAAGAUUUUGUGGAGCUCGAGUCUCUUAAGGACAUUCUGCUUGCCAGCUGCACCACCAAGGGUCAGGCCGCUCUGUCUCAAGAAGUCAAAGAUCUCCAGGACCAGAAGGAGGAGUUAGAGAGGGGCGUCAGCUGGCUGGCUCAACUACAGGCAGAGGAGCAGGUAGCCCGACGAGACCAGCGAAUCAGGGAGGAGGUUGACAACCUUCAGAGGGCCCUACAAGGCUCGGCUGAGCGUUUGGGGGACGACCCGGAAACGACCGAAGUAUUCACUGAUGUCAGGCAGCUCCAGCAGCGCUGGCGCAUCCUACAGGUAGCUAGCUAUAUGCUCCGGGAUGAAGAUCAGCUUACCCUCCCCCAAUCCUAAUCUUAACCUUUAGUGGGGAAAAUGUUUAACUGACCCAGGAUCAGCAGCUUCACCCUACUUUUAGCGCUCUCAUGGUAGAACCAUUGAUAGAAAAAUAAUGAAUGGGCAAAGCCAUCUUUGGAUUGAUUGAAUGGUUUCCUAUGAGUGGUGUAUAACUAUACUGAACACAAAUAUAAAUGCAACAUCCAACAAUUUAAAAGAUUUUACUGAAUUACAGUUCAUAAAAGGAAAUCAGUCAAUUGAAAUGAAUUCAUUAGGCCCUAAUCUAUGGAUUUCACAUGACUGGACAGGGGUGCAGCCAUGGGUGGGCCUUGGAGGGCUUUGGCCCACCCACUUGGCAGCCAGGCCCACCCACUGGGGAGCCAGGCCCAGCCAAUCAGAAUUAGUUUUUCCCCACAAAAGGGCUUUUUACAGACAGAAAUAAUCCUCAGCACCUGCAGGUGAAGAAGCCAGAUGUGGAGGUCCUGGACUGGCGUGGUUACACGUGGUCUGUGGUUGUGAGGCCAGUUGGACGUACUGCCAAAUUCUCUAAAACGACGUUGGAGGCAGCUUAUGGUAGAGAAAUGAACAUUUCAUUCUCUGGCAUCAGCUCUGGUGGACAUUCGUGCAGUCAGCAGGCCAAUUGCACACUCCCUCAAAACUUGAGACAUCUGUGGUAUUGUGUUGUGUGACAAAACUGCACAUUUUAAAGUGGCCUUUUAUUGUCCCAAGUACAAGGUGCACCUGUGUAAUGAUCAUGCUGUUUAAUCAGCUUCUUGAUAUGCCACACCUGUCAGGUGGAUGGAUUAUCUUGGCAAAGGAGAAAGGCUCACUCACAGGGAUGUAAACAAAUUUGUGCCCAAAAUUUGAGAGAAAUAAGCUUUUAGUGCGUAUGGAAAAUGUUGGGGAUUUUUUAUUUCAGCUCAUGCUUCAGCUAAGGACCAACACUUUACAUGUUGCAUUUAUAUUUUUGUUCAGUGUAGUUAUAAUUACAUCUUACCAUAUCUUGUGCCUUUAAACAGACUUAUCUCUAUCUCACCGUCUUUCUUGAGGCUGUUCCAGAAAGCUGUAUCAAAAAGCUAGCCAGCUAGUUGUCUAAAAUAGAUUGAAAUAACAUCAUCCUUUGGAAAAUAUAGACUUAAAAUUGACAAGGUAUAAGCUGGCUAACUUAAUUGUCCAGCUUUUUGUUCUACACUGUUCUCCCGUCCAUCACAUACUUAGACAAACACAUCAAACACACUUACUAUAUCACAUCUUGUUCAGGACUGUGACCAGAGCCUGAGGGAGCUUGUGGCACGGCUUCAUCACCUGGAGAAAGAAGUAGGGUCAGAGGACACAUAUGGAGAAUUUCAAACCGAUGUGACUUUGGCUGUGGAUACAGUGGCCAAAGACUUAGACAGGUACCAAUUAAUAUAUGUUCUGUAGCUCCUUGCCCCCUGCAUAUCAAAGCAUUUGGAUUGCAUUUUUAGACAAAAAUGUUUUGGUACAUGUGAGUACUGUAUUCUUUGUAUUUCUCUAUCAUUCUCAUUUUCUCUCUCCUCUCUCUCUCCUCUCUUCAUCCCUCUCUCUCUCUCCUACUCUAUCCCUCUCUCUCUUCUUUAUUUUUAUUUCUCUCUCUCAACCUAUCCUCUCUGUCUCCGUAGCCUGUGUUUCUCUCUACAUGAACGAAUGCAGGUUUUUUCAGGCGGCAUGGCCCAUAGAAUGUCUGGGGCAAUAUGUGAACUGCAGCAGUGGAACCAGGCAGCACAGUCAAAUCCCCGAAAGUCUAUACAGGUACUGUAGUACCUCUCCACCCACCCACAUCCAUCCAUCCAUCACAUUUUAUUUGUGUAGAACCUUUUACAGAUACAUUUGUCACAAUUAAAGUACUUACCAGGAAGCUGACCUAAACCCUAAAAGAGCAAGAGUUUUACAGGGACGUAGAAUAUUGUUCUAUUGUUUAACUUUUCAUCUUACAAGAACAAGAAUAGUCAAUCAGAAAGUCACUGCUGUUUUUACUGGACCAGCCACAUGGAGAGUAAAAAAGCAAUAUCUAUAUGAUAGCUUUUGUUGUCUCGUUCAUUAAAAAGAUUUAGGAAUGACCGUUUAAGAUUUUAUGCUGCACUCCCAUCCAUUUAAAAUGUUCUGAAAUCACUGUUUUUCAAAAACCUUUUCCCACAAACGCAUUUCGCAUGUUGAACGCAGCACAGAGUUUACUGAGGUUGUUCAGAAAUCCCUAGUUGUUUUUGAGAUGUUUUUCCACGAACGUGGAUGGAUGUGUAAUAUUAGCAAAGGGCACUUAGCGCUACUUAUACUCCAUAUGCCAGCCAUAGCAACAACACAUGUAGGGAUAGGAACCCCUUAGCUAGUUUUCUCUAAUAGAGCUUCCCCUUUGCUCUAAAACCAGGGCCAUUAUCUUUGGACCUGCUCUGCCUCAAUGGAAAAAUAGAGGGUUUGUCAUCCGGCUCCCCCAUUGAAAAAUACUACGCAUAUUGCCGAUUCUAGAUGAGGCAUUUCUCAGAGGGGUUAUUUUUGAAAAGGCAAAGCACAGCCAUCAGUCUCUGAUUCAGAGGAGUUCGGUUAAAUGAAGAAGACACAUUUCGGUGAAUGCAUUCAGUUGUGUGACUGACUAGGUAUCUCCCUUUCCCUAACAUUAAGGACAUUCUCAUUGUAAUCAACUUGGGUAGACUAGCAGUUUUCAAAGGAUUGAAUUCAGUGUCCAAAGCCAUUUCUGAUCAGGCAUGGCUGUUAGUGUGACACAUAGGCUUAGAGGCUACUUUGGAGAUGUAUUAGUAUAUAGCCAAAACAUUUACUAAACCAGUAUUGAGUCUGCUUUCAUCAUGCAGGAAGCAGCACCAUACCAGUGUCUACAUAUGUGAAAACGACACAUUUCUAGUUAAAAAGUUUGAUGAUGACUGUCAUCAAGAGUAAAGAUAUUUUAAAAACAGGGAUUUUCAAACCUUAUGAGAUUCACGGUGACGCGGUGAGCAGGAAAAUGCUCCCCCCGUGGCUAGAAACUUGUUGCAAGUUUGGAAAAAAAAAACAGUUUUUUUUGUUUUAAUUCUACUCUAUGAUGUUUUGGUGGUUUUUACCCCAAUUGGUAGUUACAGUCUUGUCCCAUCGCUGCAAUGGUCGAGAGCCAUGCGUCCACUGAAACACAACCCCACCAAGCCACACUGCUCGCUCAACCCGUGUCGGAGGAAACACCAUACAGCUGGCGACCGAAGUCAGCGUGUAUGCAACCGGCACACCACAAGGAGUGGUGCAAUAGCACUUCCCUCGAUCGCAUGGUGCUAUAGAGAGUUGUGUGUGGACAGCCCAGUACCUCUAUAUCAGGAGGUGUGAAAGGAAGGCCUAGAAAAUCAUCAAAGACCCCAAGCCAUAGACUAUUUUCUCUGCUGCUGCACGGCAAGAGGUACCGGUGCAUCAAGUCUGACACCAACAGGCUCUUGCAACAGUUUUUAUCCCCAAGCAAUAUGACUGAUAAAUAGCUAACAAGAUAGCUACAUGGACUCAGUUUACCUUGUAUCUUUAUUUACCUUUUAUUUCAAAAGUUUCUAUGCACACUCACAGGGCCCUACACACUCACACACAAACACCCACUCCAUCAUUUGCUCACUCACACUUAAUAUGCACAUACAUUUAUACUGACUCUACACACCCGCACACCAACUGACAUGCAAGCUGCUGCUACUCUGUUUAUCUUAUAUCCUGUUGCCUAGUCCCCUUACCCCUAUGCAUAUCUACCUCCAUCACUCCAGUAUCCCUGCAAAUGUAAAUAUGGUAUUGGAACUGACUUUUUAAAUAUGUCCUGUAUAUAGUAUACUUACUUACCUACUUUAAUGUGUAUUUCAUAUUUGUUCUAGUAAUACAUUGUUAUUGAUUCUUGCAUUGUUGGGUUUUGAGUUUGCAAGACAGGCAUUUCACACUAUUUGUGCAUGCGACAUUAAAACUUGAAACUUGAAACUGCUCAGGGAUUUCACCAUGAGGUCAAUGGUUACUUUAAAACAGUUACAUAAUUUAAUGUCUGUGAUAGCAGAAAACUGAGGAUGGAUCAAGAACAUUGUAGUUACUCCACAAUACUAACCUAAAUGACAGAGCGAAAUAAAGGAAGCCUGUACGGAAUAUAAAUAUUCCAAAACAUGCAUCCUGUUUGCAAUAAGGCACUAAAGUAAUACUGCAAAACAAAAUGUGCAAAGAAAUUAACUUUAUGUCCUGAAUACAAAACGUUAUGUUUGGGGCAAAUCCAACACAACACAUCACUGAGUACCACUCUUCAUAUUUUCAAGCAUGGUGGUGGCUGCAUCAUGUUAUGGGUGUGCUUGUCAUCAGCAAGGAAUAGGGAGUUUUUUUGGAUAAAAAUAAAUGAAAUAGAGCUAAGUACAGGCAAAAUCCUAGAGGAAAACCUGAUUCACUCUGCUUUCCAACAGACACUGGGAGACAAAUUUGCCUUUCAGCAGGACAAUAACCUAAAACACAAGGCCAAAUAGACACUGGAGUUGCUUACUAAGCCUACAUUGAAUGUUCCUGAGUGCCAAGAUACAGUUUCGACUUAAAUUGGCUUGUAAAUCUAUGGCAAUACUUGAAAAUGGCUGUCUAGCAAUGAUGAACAACCAACUAGGCAGUGCCUGAAGAAUAAAAAAAUAAAAAAUGGGCUAAUAUUGUACAAUCCAGGUGUGCAAAGCUCUUGGAGACUUACCUAAAAAGACUCACAGCUGUAAUCGCCGCCACAGGUGCUUCUACAAAGUAUUGACUCAGGGGUGUGAAUACUUCUGAUAUUUCUGUAUUCCAUUUUCAGUACAUUUCUAAACAUUUCUAAAAACAUGUUUUGGGGUAUUGUGUGUAGGUGGGUGAAUUUUUUAAAUUUUAAUCCAUUUUGAAUUCAGGCUGUAACACAACAAAAUAUGGAAUAAUUAAAGUGGUAUGAAUACUUUCUGAAGGCACUGUAUAUACAGAUUAUCUCUCUCAGAUCACAUCCAGUGGCUACUCACAUCACCCAGAGCUCAGUCUCUCACAGCAUCUCUAAUGGUCGAGCCUCCAAGCAGGACCAGAACAAAUCCAACGCCGUCCUCACUGUGGUCGGGGAUGAGGGACUAACAGUUAAUCAAUGUGGUUUACUCAGACUGAGUUAAACUAACUUUUAAAAACAAUAAAAUAAUUAAAUAGCCGUCUUGCUAGCUCACGUAGUUUGCAUUGUUGCCCUCUCCUCACUCUCUCACGUGUCGGGCUGGUCCCUAACAACAGUGCGUCUCCAAAAUAUGUCCCACAUGCAACACAGUAACUAAAUCAGUCCGUGCUAGAAAAAGCUAAAAGCAACCAGGGGGUUACAUGCAGUUUUGCUAACAGGGAAAUGUUAACAAAUGGGAAAUUCCAGGGACAAUGCUAAAUCAUGCUAGCUACUUCAUGUAGCAAAAGUAAAUAAUACAAUAAUGUGGAUGCUGUCUAUACUGUCCUACAUAGACAAAUCAAGGUAAGAUGAAUUAGACCCAAACAUCAAGAUUAGAUUAACUAACCCUUUAAUCCCUCACAGGCUACACUGAACAAUGGGAAACAACUCCAAGGGACUCUAAAGGAGGCGCUAUCACAGCUAGACCUCCUAUUGGACUGUGUCGGAAGGGAGCGCGUGGAGCAGUUCGAGAGAAGGGCUGGACAGGCCCUCAGCAACAGUGCAGCUCUCCUCACAGCCCUAGCCCAUUCCCAGGUGAGCUAUUAUCUAAUCAUCAUAUAAUCAAUGCAUAAUCAAACAACAAAACUCCAAAGUAGAUUGAACUAAAACAAAAUAACUUUUUUUUUUAAUAAUCAAAUGCACACAUUUUUCUUUUGCAAUAUGAGUUGGCUUGUUGAAAGGUGUUUUAGGCCUACUUUCCAGAAUGUAUGGAGCCCUAUGAUGAUACUGAUUAAAACAAAAUAUGACUAUCAAAUGCCUCAGUAGGUGAAACUGGGGCAUUUCAACCAAGUGUAAAAAAAAAAAGUGUUACAUUAUAUUUUGAUUGGAACAUCCCUUAACGUUAAUAUGAUCCCUUUAAGGAAUCUUAUAUGUAGCUUCAUACCAUUUCUAAUGAAUGUAUGCAUCUUUAGGCGUCCCUAGUCAGCACAGAGGUGGAUGCAGACAAUAAGAAACCAAGCAACACAUGUGACAAAGUGCCAUCUUGCAGCGAGGCAUACCUUUUGUCACAACCCGUCGAGAAAGUGACCUCAGGCGGGAUCAAACCUCUUCAGGCUAAUACUGACUCAACAAAAGAUCCGGAAAAAGAGCAAGCUGAAAGCAGAGUGCAAAGCAAAAGAGCCCAUACCAGAAGAACAAUGGUUGCUGUUAAAAAACCUACCAAGAAAGUGAUGAGCGACACUGAAAAAAGAGCAGUGGACAAAGAAUACGGCAAAGACUCAUUGAAGGGCUGGAACAUCCAGCCGGUAGAGAGAGUAGUCACAGACAUGGAGGAUGGGGAGAGUCAAAUACAAAUUCCCAUGGGAGAAACCUUAACCCAAACUCCCAGCGCUGAUAUCUCAGCCACUGUGGUGGUGCCAGAGACCCCGGGCACUAGCCAGUGUGGGCAUACUGUAACAGAGAUAACACCUCACCAUACAGAACCAAUCGAUAGAGAGGGAACCUCAUCUCCGACUCCGCACAAAGUGUUCACCAUCAUUCUGGACACAGACCUCGAACGACAACACCUUGAUGACAUGUCUACAGCCAACACUUUCCAAAGCAGACCAGGUUACCAUGGCAACGACGAUAUUGUACAUACAGAGUCAGCUCGACAUGGCGACAGUGACCAUGCAAACCCUGUGGUUGUAUGCACUGGAACAUCAGUCAGAGGAGGUCAAGAGUCUUCAGUACCAGAUAAAGGUGCGCAACUCACUUACACUUUUUCUGUUGUCAACCAGAGUGACCAGACAAAACAAGAUUUGACUGAGCCUCCCCAAAAAGUGGCCACCAUCUUCUUGAACGCAGGUGUUGCACGUGCUGGGAAAUGUAUUGUUCAGGAAGCCGAGACUCUACAUCGUGACGUCACUUCCUUGACCAAAACGGAAUUAGGCAUUAAAAGUAGUGUGGGGCUACGGACAGAUCCACAGUCGGACCCUGUAAAACAUCUCAUGCCGCAUCCAGAAAGAGAGCAGCCAGAGAUGCACGCAAGACCCACAGACAAAUCACAGUCAGAUAACAAAACACAAUGCACAGAGGAAGAGUCUAGAGACUGCUCUGAGACAAAGAAAGUGUUUACAAUUGUUUUGGACAUGGAGCUACCUCGGUCUCAGUCCAAGGACAUUCAAACCAGGGAGCCUCCUUGUGGUAAUGGCUCAGACACGUUUAGCUCUGGUGACUUUGCUUCAAAAAUGACUGAUAGUUCUAUCACUGGGAGCGCCAAGAACACAGACGGCGGGCGGCACGUCAAGUCAAAGCACAGGGGAUGGAGGGAGGCUGAUUUUAUGAGCUCAACGUCCAAGGGCCACAAAGUGAAGAGUUCCAAAGGCCCCUCAGAAUCACACACAGAAUCAGAGUGGGAGCAAUUGCAGGGCCCCAAAACAAAAGGUCCGGAAUCAAAAUGCUCCGAAUCAGGGCUCGCAGAGUCUAAGUCCGCUAAAUCGGCACACACCGAAUCCGAGUCACAGAGACACACUGAUAACUCUGACAACACUGAACCAGGAAGUGUUGAUGAUGUAAACACAGUCGCUAAAGAUGCCAGACAGACACAAAUGACAGACAGCCAAAUAACUAUAAACUCAGGAGCCUCUGACAGAAUUAAGGAGACUACAUACAUCACCUGCACUACAGACAGCAAAGAUAACAGACAGACUGUGAGCAAAAACACUGGAAAGAUAGAUGCUACUGACAUGCUACAGGUGAAUGACCUCACACAGACAGAUGUCAGUCAGACAGAUGCCACGAGAGACAAUACACAGUUGUCACACGUCCAUUCACCAGCGUCUGCAGGCACAGAGAUCGAGCCCAGAGAGGGGACAGAAGGGACAGCUCCACAGGAACAGGUAAGGGCAAUUCGCUUUUUUGAAUUCACUGGAGGGUUUGUCACACACUCUCAUCUCGCUCUUGCUAGCGCUAUCACUUUCUCUCUCUCUCUCUCUCUCUCUCUCUCUCUCUCUCUCUCUCUCUCUCUCUCUCACACACUCUCACACACACACACACAUUCACACACACACACACACACAUACACACACACACAAAAAAACUUUAAGAAACUUUAAGCCUGCCGAUUUAGGUUUUGAGAGGGGGUUGUACACUCAAGUCAAACUCUGGAAGUUAAUGCAGUCUUUCCCUGAAAGGACUUGACAUUUCAAGGCUCUUUAUUUAGCCCAAGAUCCAACAAUGUUAAGUGAUGUUAUUAUGAAUGAAUUGGAAUGGUCAGGCCAGGAGUAGCCUGUUUGUGUGGCAUUUAAAGGUCGCACCUUGGCUCAAAGUAAAAUUGGAGGAAUUUGACUCGUCAUACAGUGGCCCCUCCACUUCCAGUCUAGGAAUUUACUCCCCUAUAUACAAUUGUCUAUUCUUCGAGGGAUGAUUUACAAACUAAGCACAGGCCUCUUAAAGUGUCCUAUAGAGUUCAAAGCUGCAAAUCCGCAGAGCAGUCUACUGUCACAUAUCUGCGACUCUAUAACGGUCAAUUAAAUUAGCUUCGUAAUAAUGGGCCAUCGGACUAUUGCAGCUAUGCGGCUGUGGAUAAUGGCGCCGGCGGGGAUGGCUGCCGUUUUACGGGCUCCUAACCAACUGUGCUAUUUUGUUAGUUUUUUCGCUUUGUUUGUAUUUGUAUUUUGUACAUAAAGUUGCUGCUGUCUCUUAUGACCUAAAAGAGCUUCUGGACAUCAGAACAGCGAUUACUCACCACGAACUGGACGAAGAUUUUUUAUUUAAUGAGUCCGACGCGAAGGAUAUACUGCUUUCUGGAGACCAGGCCCAAAUCCCCAUCAUUUGCGUGAAGAAAAGCGGAGAUACAGAGGGAGAAGGUUGGGGUGCCUUGUGAGGAUUCGGAGGCGAGUGAGUAAAUCGCCACUACCAUUGGUUCUAUUGGCCAACGUGCAAUCACUGGAAAACAAACUCGAUGAUCUACGGUCGAGACUACCAACGGGACAUUAAAAACUGUAAUAUCUUAUGUUUCACAGAGUCGUGGCUAAACGACGACACGGAUAAUAUAGAGCUGGCUGGGUUUUCCGUGCAUCGGCAGGACAGAGCAGCUACGUCUGAUAAGACGAGGGGUGGGGGUGUGUGUCUAUUUGUCAAUAACUGCUGGUGCGCGAUGUCUAAUAUUAAAGAAGUCUCAAGGUAUUGCUCUCCUGAGGUAGAGUACCUCAUGAUAAACUGUAGACCACACUAUCUACCAAUAGAGUUCUCAUCUAUAUUAUUCGUAGCCGUCUAUUUACCACCACAAACCAAUGCUGUCACUAAGACCGCACUCAACGAGCUGUAUAAGGCCAUAAGCAAACAAGGAAAUGCUCAUCUAGAAGCGGGGCUCCUAGUGGCCGGGGACUUUAAUGCAGGCAAACUUUAAUCCGUUUUACCUCAUUUCUACCAGCAUGUCGCAUUUGCAACCAGAGGAAAAAAAAACUCUAGACCACCUUUACUCCACAUACAGAGACGCAUACAAAGCUCUCCCUUGCCCUCCAUUUGGCAAAUCUGUUUACAUGCAAAAACUAAAGCAGGAAGUACCAGUGACUCGCUCAAUACGGAAUUGGUCAGAUGACGCGGAUGCUAUGCUAUAGGACUGUUUUGCUAGCACAGACUGGAAUAUGUUCCUUGAUUCAUCCAAUGGCAUUGAGGAGUAUUACUUUAGUUUAUUGAGUAAAUAUUUUCUUAACUCUGAAUUGUUGGUUAAAGGCUUGAAAGUAAGCAUUUCACGGUAAGGUUGUAUUGUUGUAUUCGGCGCAUGUGACAAAUAAAAUUUGAUUUGAUUUGACUCCGAAUUUAGCUUUAAAAUGAUUAUUUUGAACAUCUUGUUCUUUUUCAGACGCAGGGAAGUCCUUUUUCUUUCUCUUUGUGCUACACGAGAGAAGUAGCUUCUCACCUGUCAGCCUACCCAGCCUAAAACCCCAAAGCAAGAAAUGCAGAAGCAUAGUGGCCAGAAAAAAGUCCUUAGAAUGCAGCAACCUAGGAAGAAAACUUAGAGAGGAACCAGACUCAGAGGGGUGGCCAUUUCUGUUUGAAUUCUGUUUACAUAUUUUCUCUUGACUUUACACAAAUACAAGCAUCUGCAGUUAAUGUUACAGACACCAGAGUUGAGGUCAAUUCCAGUUCAACCUGUCAGUUUAGGAUAUGGUAUUUCUCCACAUGAAUGCAAUACAAUUUCUGAAUUAACUGGAGUUCAGAUGAAAUUGACCCUAACAAGUAAACAUAAAACAUUUAUAAGAGGUGAGGAAGUAAUGCUAUUAUAGUUAUGCUGUUAUUUAACUUUUUAUCUUACUAUUUGACUUUUUGUGUUUACAGUAAAUUAUGUGUUAAUGCAUAAAUGUAACGUAUAUAUGAGUCAGGAAACUGGUGCAGAAGGUGAGUUUAAUAAUAAUCAUGAAGAUAAUAAAAAACAGGAGAAGCGUGCUGAACGUAACCAAAACCAAUACUGCCUGAUGACUGAGGCUUACUGAGGGCUAUAUGAAGGGAGAGUAAUCAGGGUGUUAAAGUCCAGGUGUGCUUAACGAUGGGGAGCAGGUGCGCGCAAUGAUGGUUGCCAGGUGUGCGCAAUGUGGGUUGCCAGGACGGUGGUUAGUAGACCGGCGACGUCGAGCGCCAGAGCGGGAGUAGACGUGACAGUAGCAACCCCCCCCUCCCGACGGGCAAGGAGUGGGCUGGUCCGGACGGUGAAGGUGAUGUUGGGAUCUAGAAUGUCGUUCACCGGAACCCAACACCGCCCCUCUGGACCGUACCACUCCCAGUCCACCAGGUACCGGAGCCGACCCCCACAACGUUGGGAGUCCAGGAGGGAUCUUACGGCAUAGGAAGGCACACCUGUUCAUUGAAAAGCAUUCCAGGUGACUACCUCAUGAAGCUGGUUAAAGAGAAUGCCAAGAGUGUGCAAAGCUGUCAUCAAGGCAAAGGGUGGCUAUUUGAAGAAUCUCAAAUAUAAAAUAUAUUUUGAUUUGUUUAACACUUUUUUGGUUACUACAUGAUUCCAUAUGUGUUAUUUCAUAGUUUGAUGUCUUCACUAUUAUUCUACAACGUAGAAAAUAGUAAAAAUAAAGAAAAACCCUUGAAUGAGUAGGUGUUCUAAAACUUUUGACCGGUAGUGUAUAUCAUUAAUUUAAAUGAUCAGAAAUGGCUGCAAAUUAUGGAGGACUAAAAGUGCCACAAUUAAAUAAAUAAAUACACCAUUAAAUAAUUACUUAAAUGUGUCAUUAAUUAAUUCAAAUUAGAAUUAAAUACAUAAAUGUGUAAUUAAAUGUAUCAUUAAUUAAUUCAAAUACCGAUUCAUUUUAUGUAAAAUACAUAUAUAAUUAUUUCACUAUUUACAUUUACAUUUCAUGAUCCUGCAUUGCAGUGAUUCAUGAAUUACUUAAAACUGUCAAACUGACCCAUCAAAGUCAGUGGGCGGGGCUAACGCGAAUCUAGUCUGAUCCAUUGCUUUGGUCUGAAGUAGAGUAGGCCAACCUGGAUAGAGACAAUGGAGGAUCUCCGUGAACUUUCCAGGGAGUUGGUUAGAGACAUUUUAAACUUAGCAGAGGAUGUAGAAGCAGGACCUGCUGACAUUAUCCGGAAUUGAUUUGUCUUGGCUUGAUGCAGAGGGUAACCAAUCAGGCGUUAGGUUCCGCCUACCAACUUUUGAUGGGUCAGUUUGACAGUUUUAAGUAAUUCAGGAAGCACUCCAACGCAGGACCAUGAAAUGUAAAUGUAAAUAGUGAAAUUAUUAUAUAUGUAUUUUACAUAAAAUGAAUCGGUAUUUGAAUUAAUUAAUGAUACAUUUAAUUACACAUUUAUGUAUUUAAUUCUAAUUUGAAUUAAUUAAUGACACAUUUAAGUAAUUAUUUAAUGGUGUAUUUAUUUAUUUAAUUGUGGCACUUUUAGUCCUCCAUAGCAAAUAUCACAGAUUGGGCCUUUAAUGUAUAUCCAAGUCAAGAGCCCUGUUGACUCAGAGUGUAGGGCAGUAUAGUGGUGAUACAUCAUUGGCAGCUUCACCUGGAGCCCUGGGCUUGUAUUCAUAAAGUAGGAGUGCUGAUCUAACAUCAGGUCCCUCCUGUCGAUAUAAUCGUAUUUAUUUUGAUCUAAAAGGCUAAAGUGGUCCUAGAUAAGCACUCCUAAUCUGAGGAAUGUGGCCCCUGCACUCCUACUUGGUCGCUUUAUGAAUACGGACCCUGGGUGGGAUAGCCUUAGGACCUAUAACCUGCAAUAUAAAGCACAUCCUCCUGUGGAUUACUGCUUAAUAGCGUACCUGCUCUACUGUUGUUUUGAAAUGUUGACAGAGAGAGAGAAAGAGAGAGAUUUUUAUGCAAGUAUCAGCUUAACUCGUCACCUGUCGGGUUGACCACUCCCUUUAAGAAUAGCCUAGCACUUCACUAUGUGAGGAAUAGAUUAUUUGCACCACUCUGUGAUGACUUCACCUCAUGUUAACCCUGUCACUUGUAGCUCGCGAUAUCUCGACCAUACUCCCUGACUAGUUCCUGCUGUACCAUGUUCCCCCGUGCUAAACCCAAUGACACUGAUCUAACAGGAUUAGCUGGAGACUACACCACAUAGUUUUCACCAAUUGUGUUGUGUCAGAUAAGUGAUUCCUUCAAGGAAGGAAGGAAAGAGGGACGCACUGCUAAACUAUUGGAACAGAGCCCUGGUUUCCCUCGGGGCAAGGCCCAGCUCCUUAGUCACAUUCCUGCUCUAAUAGCUGCACUGACUCGCUGGGGCAGAGUGGAACGAAGUUGUUGUCAGAAAAAGCAGACAGGAGAGCAGGAGAAUCCCUGUUAUUACCUGGGCCGUGAGAGCGAGAGAGACCCAAAAUGUCAACACCGUCCCAUUGCUGCCAUGUUCCCACAGCUGCAGGAGGGGAGUGAAGUCAAGACAAGUACCUCGGUCCAGACUGGGGGGUUGCUAUCAGAAGGCGUGGUGAAGGAGGAGAGAGUUGGGGGAGCGGUGCGCCCGGAGAUCCCACGAUACAGGUCCACCAUGCAAGGCAUCCUCUCUGAGGUCCAAGGGGUGUUGGAGAGGAAGGCCAUCAUCAAGGUGAGUGUGUAAGGGAGUUUCUCUCUGUACGGCCGACCAUGAGAUUCAAACUCGCAUUCAUAACAAUAAUACUCACCCGACCACAAUCGGUAAUACUCAACAGCAAUACUCAGCCAAGCCAACGGUGUGUGAACAGAGCUAACUUGUCACUCUGUGAGUGACAGUUGGCUAUUAGAUCUCAGGGAAGGUAAGGUGGCGUCAACAUGGGAUAUGGUUUACUGUUGAUUUGUUCCAAGAAACCCAACUUGUUGUUCAAGAGGAUAAUGACAUUCAAAAUAAGAACCUGAGAAAACCUCUUUAAAAAACAAAGAUUAAAAACAUUUACAUUUCAGUUAGUAUCUAAUGUGUGUAUCAAUAUCUAUAUGAGACAUAAAAAUGGCUUAAAUUAUAUUUCAACAUUUUCUCUACCCCAAAUAAGAUAAGUUGUUGCUCCCAAAUAUGUGGCUCCGUCCACAAAAUAUUUGCAGUUCAGUCAACUGCAUGGAUCAGUGAACAGAUAAGACAUGGAUAAACAAACAGACUCUGAUGUGGCAUGGGCCUUGAUGAUGCUGCAUUCCCAAGGCUUUGGGGUGAAGUUAUCCUAAUCCUAAUCUUAACCAUAACAAUUCUAAACUGACCCAAGAUCAGCAUCUAGGGGGAACUUCAUGGUACUCCAUUCCCAAGAUGCCUGUGGCAGGAAGCUUUACAGGAAGGAGCCAUAUGAGCCAAUUAUAUUUCCUGUGUAGCCAUGGAGUUUUCUCAGUGACGGCACAUCUUGCUUAAGAAUUAGUAAAAGAUUACUUGGAGCUUGGUGUUUGCACUUUUGGGAUGAUUCCAUUGUUUCCAUUGUACCAGGCAAACUGAAUUGAGUAUAGCUCAAGUAUUUGACAUCCAACCCAGGUCUGGUUGUACAUACCAGGGUUGUGUUCAUUAGGGCAUGCAACAGAAAAUCCUUUCAAAAGUUUUGCAAUGGAAAAUGUGUGUUUCUUAUUAAACAAAUCAAGAUUGUUUUAGUCUGUUUUCUUCUGUUUGGUCCAUGAACAUGUCCCAUUACUGUAUUUAAUCUGUGCUGUUAUGUUGAAGGGAGGCCAGUGGAUGGAGGCGGAUUGGUACCUGCAGCCUUCGGCCAGAAAUCCAGAGAUCCAAAUAAGGCGCACUGUCCUCAGGGUUCUAGGAUGCCGCUACCAGCCAGCCCAGCUCAACCCUGCCACCAUGGCCUGGCAACUGACGGAGGCUGAGGUGGGAGCCUGUCCUUUUUUAAUGGAUAAUUUUCCCUUUCAAGAACAUAAUAGACAUUUGAAAAUAAACACUUUCAAGUGUCAGACUGACCAUCUUACAUAAAAACAAUCAGCCAUGAAACAAAAAGACAGAGUACAAAACAUAAACAAAACAAAACUGUCAUUUAAUGGGCUACACACCACAAACUGAUAUCACUGUGUUAAAUGCUUUUCCAUAAGGAAAGCUUUAUUUGGGAUUCCACUGAAGACAUUCCUUUUUCUGCCCUGUAUGCACAUGCAUUGGUUUUUUAGUCACUCUAGCCAACUGGCACAUUAUAAUGAUAUCUCAACAGUCCUCUAAUCUAUUUAACCUUUCCAGUUCUUUCAUAUCAAUGUCAACGAUAAUGUAUAAUGAGACAAGGAGAGGAAGCUAUUUCUAACUUUGAUUUGCUAUGUCUAACUUUUGAAGUACAUUAUCACCCUUCUUGGCUUUCUUGUAAGUGUAGAGUGUUUGAUAAAUACAGAUGAGAUGUGCUGAGCCCAUGGUCUAGUGGAAACCCUCCCAGUUCCAGACACAUAUGCUCUCCCUACUGAUGAUCAGGGUUCAAUCCCCGUUCCAACCCUUCAUACUGUUUCUUACACCUGCCUGUCUCCCCUCUGUGAUUUCAAUACUGUAAAAAAAAUACGCUUUUUUUAAAUUACGGAUGAGAUUUGUUAUGGGUCCAAGCUCACUGGAUCCCAGACUGAGUGUGUCCCUGUGAUGCCCUUUUUUAUAGGACUGCAGAUGCUACGUGCUUGAGCAGGUGGCUGCGAUAAACCAUGUGGUCGGUGAACCAGAGGUCGCAACGAAUCUGGAGGGGCGAUGGAGUGCAGCCCUGUUGGAUGCCUCAGCCACAGUGCAGGUCAAAGAGGCUCAGCUCCACCUGGUCACACAGUACCACAGGCAGACACAGGCCAUCCGGAGCAUUCUGGAGAGAUGGGCAAGCGAGAUGGAUGAGCUACAAUUGUGAGUCCAUGAACUUGCAUAGUCCGGGCUACUAUUCUUGUGCAUAUUUUUGUAUUUAUGCAUCUUUAGCCCUCUGUGGACCUUUAAAUUGUACAGUUGAUUUAGAAUAUCAUUGAUGGGAAGUUUGAAUUUGACCAAGAUAUGCACUAACAGUUAUUCGCUCUCUGUCUAUUCCUGGGAUGUAACAGGGACACUCGAAGCAGUGCGCUUCAGGCUGAAAAACGACAUACUCUGUUAUGUAACAUGGAACAGCAGAAGGGCAUGAUGGGGGAGCUGCUCCAGGUGUGUUGCCAGGUGUCUGUCCACCUGAGUGAAGCCGAGGGGUCAGGGGCACUCCUCGCUCAGCUAGGGGAUCUGCAGGAGGAGUGGAGGCUUUUGGAGGGGGCCGGGAAUAGAGCCCUGAGGCAUGCCUCAAUUGGUUCUUCUCAGUCCUCUAUCCUUCUACAAAAGGCUGAGCAGCUGCAUGGCAAGCUUGAGGCUCUUCAAAAGUCCAUCACCCUCUUACAGUCCUCUCAAUUGCAGCAUGACACUCACAGAGCUUUAGAGCUGACCUUUAUGACUGCUGACUUGAAAGCCUUCAACCAGCAGUACCUACAACUGCUGGGGCAAUCAGAGGCUUUUACCCAAUUCUCUCUUGGGCAGAAGGAGAAGAAGGAUGUGGAGUGUACUCUUCAGAGCUUGAGCUCCUUACUUGACUCCACUCAUAGGUUGCUCUCUGCUCAGUCAUUCUCUAUUGCAAACCCCUCCUUGGCUAAAAUCACCAAGCAAAUGCAGGGCUUGAUUAUCUGGGCCAAGCAGGUGGACAACCACAUCGCAGCAGUUGAAAGGGUAGCCCUCUUCCCUGAAGAGGCCCGUCUCCAAAUUUCCAGCAUGAGGAAACUGCAAUCCGAGAUUUUGGCAAGGCAUUUCAGGGUGAACUCCAAAGUUGAGGACCUGAAAGAACUGAUUUCGGAUGAGGGGGAAAUUGACAAAGUGCUGUCAUCACUGAAGACCCUGGAGGAUCUCUACGAAACAGUCUCAGACAACUCUGCUCGUACUCUGAAGGAAAUGGAGGCCGUUUUGGAGGAAAGAGAGAAGAUACUGGACCAGAUCUCUAAAGUGAACACCUGGCUAGCAGUGGCACACCAUGAGAGAGAGGUCACCGCAGAUGUAGAGAAUGUGUCCAAAGACACCACCUCAGAUCUGGAAAGCAAGCUGCAGUUUCACAUGGGUGCCAUCAAGGAAGCAGAAAGACAGCUGGCUGUCAUGGACGCCCUUUUGGAGACCUGCAUGGAGGUCUCUUUGGGGUUGAGUCCAGCAGAGAGCUACUUUCUGGUCAACAGGCUCACAGGCCUCCGGACCGAGGUGGACGGAAUGGUGGCCCACGUGAAAGCAGCCCACUGGGAGCUGGAGGAACUGCUUCACGCCCGGACUUCUUCGGCCGAGGAACUGGCGGCUGUCCAGAAGAGCGUGCAACAGAUAUGGGCCGACCUGGAGAGGCAGAGGUUCCCAGUGACAAAGGACUCCCUAUCUGCCAUAGAGCCCUUGACACACAUGCUCCUGGAGCACCAAUGUCAGAUCCAGGAACUCCAGUACUGCCAAGAGGCCCAGAAAAGCGCCCUCUUGCGUACCAUCGGCGAACUGCAGGAGAGGGUGAAAACGCUCCACCAUCAUGCCCUGGAACACGAGAAGUACCUGACCUACCGGCAGCGCAUGGAAGACUCCAGGGAGGUGGCAAAGGAGCGAGCUCAGUGCUCCAAAGACAAGAGAGUCAGCAUGGGGGAGAGGUUCAGGCUUUGCCAGGCUCUCCUGGUGGAACUUCCGCUGGUGAAGACCCAGUGCCAGGAUGCUUCCGACCAGCUCGAGGCCAUCGCCCAAGACUUGCAUCUAUCGGAGAGAACGUUGCUCCUGUCGGAGAGGCAGAGGAUCCGGCGAACUGUUGAAAACCUAGAAUCCUGGGAGCUUGCCAUCACGGAUGACGUCAAAAACCUAGAGGGAAAGCUUCUGGAGGGUCUCAGAUUCUGCACCGAGCUUCCUGCCAUGAUGGACCUUCUUCAACAGGUCAGGCAGGAGCUGACAGAGUCUGACCCGGUGGAGCCAGAUGUGAGGGCCAUCAAUAUAGCACUACAGAGGUGCUGGGUGAUCUGGAGGAACGUAGAGUCUGUCAUGCGGGUGUUGGAAGCUUUGGGGCAGAGAGAGCAAGUGGAGAUGAGCCAGUGUGGGGAGCUGUACACCCUGAGGAAUGACAUUGUGCAGAAGUGCCACGCAUUCAUGGUAAAUUCAGUGGGCUCAUUACAUUACAAUUGUUGUAAUUCACAAUUUCAGCAACAGUGUGCAUUACAUUUCAUAAAAUAUGCAUGAAAUUUGAGUUGGUUGACAUAAUAAUAAUAAUUUGGAUCCUAGAUGCUUAUUGGACGAGCAGUGUUCCAAGCCGUACUGUAUUCGCCGACACAUGCACACCUAUGCCUGCUAACAGUUCCAUCUGAAUUAUCACUGCGCCUCUAUAAGAAUAUCCUCAUGUUCAUGUUGCUGUCCGAAUCAUCUCUUGAAUUUAUCUCAACUCACACAUUAUUUCCCCUUGCUUCUAGGAUACUAUUUGGUUUGUAACAGUGGGGUUUAUUAUAAGCCUUGCUGUCUGCCUGUCCGACCAUGGAAACAAUGUUUCACUUUUGAAAAACGAUCUCCCCUGUACCAUAGAGAGGGAACAGUGCCCAGACAAGACAUGAACUUUUCCUGAGCCAGGCAGAAUCACGCACAAAUGAAAAUGUGGCUAGUUUACUGUCAUUCCAGGUGCAAUGUUUGAUGUAACUGUGUUGGCUAGCUAGCCAGCAAGUGAUAAAAAUGUUAGUCAACCUGCAUAGCAACCAUUUUUGUUAGAACGGACGACCAGUUCUUUUGCAUAGCAACUUUGCCAAAAUAAUUAACGACUGGUAGCAACUGGCAGAAACAUUACCAAAAUAACUAUUGACCAGAUUUUUGGCCAGACCAUAUACAGUAUUCUAGUGAAAUAAUUUACUUAUCAAAAUAAUGUUUCAUUGUUAUUUUAAUAUGUAUGUUGGUAAUGUUUUAUAAAAGCAAUACGGCACACGAGUCAGUGCUAUAUAAUGAAUACAGCCACAGGUAAAUGAGAACAACGCCAUUUACCUGUGACUGUAUUCAUUAUAUAGCACUGCCUCUUGUGCCUUAUUGAUUAAGGAGAUAUGUCAACCAACUAAAAUCUUGCAUAUUUUAUGCAAUGUAAUACACACUAUCUCUGAAAUGGCGUAUUACAACAAUUUAUCCCUCAAACAUUUUCCUUAACUUCUAUUGGAACUGACUUUAAUGUUGUAUGUGUAAUAACAUUCCACCACGCAGCUUGUAUUGUAUUGUGAUAUACUUCAAAUGACAUCCUUGCCUGAAUGCUUAAUAAUAUUUUUUAAUAAUCUUGAAUAUGUCCUGUAGGAGAGUUUGUCCCAUGCUCGGGAAGCCAUGAAUGAUUACCACUGGGCUGCCCAAGGAGUGGUAACAUUCCUCCACGAAGCCGAGGCCAUGUUCCUGGCACCUCCAGGUGGAUUUGUGGACUGCACAGAGGAGAAACGAUACACCCAAGAGCCCCUAGCCUCCCUGGGGGAGAGUCUCCAGGUGCAAAUCAGCCAUCUCCUGGAGCUGUCACCACAGCAGGCCUGCCUCUCUUUCCCCAAGAGCGAGCAGCUCCACAUCCGGGUCCUGAGCCACAUUUUGGUGGAGAGGGCCGCACUCGAGGCCAAGGUUGAGCUCAGGAUGGAGGCCUUUCAGAGGUAGGCCAAAGGUUACAUACUCACUCAUCAAAGGUUACACAUGGCCUUUGGUCCUUGCUGUUUUGGUCACAUUUAAACACAGUCACACUCUAAAAGUUAUCGUACAAAGAAGCUUGAUGAACAUUAGAUGCUGAACAUUGGUCACCAAAUAGGCAUGCAUUGUCAACCUUUCUAAGCUAUUACAUUUUGGGGGGAAUGUGACAUGCCGCAUGCCACUAUGAUGUGGCAAGGCACCCCUAUGUAUUUUUAUGUGUUUAUUUAUUUUACCAGGUUAGUCUCAUUGAGAUUAAUAAUCUUUUACAAGAGAGACCUGGCUAAAAUAGCAGCACACAAAGUUGCAGACACAUUUACAACAUAAAACACAAAGCACUACAGUUUAGAAAACAACAAUUUACACAUUGAACAGCAAUAGGACCACUUAUAUCAGGGGUAAUCAACUAAAUUAGGCAGGUUGCUGAGCGGGUGCUGAGCGGAUGGGAACAUAAUAAUUAUAUUUCGUACACUUCAUGUUGACCACAGUUUAGCACUCCGAGACCCAUGUCUCUAGUCUCUGCUGAAAUGGAAUUGCUCCAAAAAUGUUGGUGUAAUUGAGACAAAUAGGUUCAGCAGUCUAAUAAAUGAAAUUUUAGUGCCUUGUUACUUUUCCCUCUGUUCACCCUCGUUUGAUGAUAACUAAAUGAAAGCCUGGAUGAGGAUGCAGCUCAUGUCUAUGUAUUUUAUGUUGCAUUGAAUCAAAUAAGAUUAGAGUAGAAAGCUACGGAUCUGGGAACUUUGGAUGUAAAUUAGCUUCUAACACUGGUACAUUUACAUUGAUGUAAAAACAGACAUGUUGAUUUAUGUGCAUGUAAAAGAGUACAGUAGAUCAAACCAAAUCCUAAUUUUCCACCCAGAGUACAAAUGAGCUUUUAGCUUCACAAUGACUUAAAAAACAUGAAAAUGUAAACAACAUUAAAACCAGACAUUAAAACCGGACGAUUUUCAGUCAACAUAUUUGUUUUGUAUCUAUUCCAUAGGUGUGCGGACAGACAAAGCCUCCACAGGAAGUGUCAUGAGGAGGUAUGGCAGAUCAUGAAGAACAACGAAUCAAGGCUCUCUGAGUGUGCUGCCCAGGAAGUGACAUCAUACACCAACUGUGCUGACCAACAGGAUAGAGCCAAGGUGUGUGAAGUGCUAUGCAUCAGUGGUUCUUCUCAGAGUUUAUUCCUUCUAGGGAGUUUUUCCUUGCCACUGUUCUCCUGCUUACUUUUCGGGGGUAUGGUCCCGUUUACUGUCAAGCACUUGUUUUUAAAAAGCAUUUCUUCAAGCUUUAUUUAGACUGAUUAGAUAUCAAGGGGAUACAGAGGUGGAGAGGGGGGAAAAAGGUACAGGGGAGGACACAGGGCUUGAACCCCAGUAUCCAUCAGUGAGUUACAUGUGUGUUGCCACUACACCACAGCUCUGCCACACCACAGUUCUGCCGCACUAUAAAGCACUUUGUGACACAUGUUGUAAAAGAAAGGGAUAUAUUCUGUAUACAAUACAUUUGACUGAUUGAUUAAUCUCUUAAUGUGAAGACACUGUCGGAGGAGGUGCUGUCUAUAGCUGGGAAGCUGGAGGAGCUGAGGGCGGUGUGCCCACUGCGGGGGUGCUGUGUGGGCACCGAGGGGGCACUGGGUGCCCUCUGGAGGCGCUGGGCGGCACUGCGGCGCGGCGUCAGCCUCCUCCAGGCACGCUUAGAGCAGAGAGGGGUGGAGUGGAGGGACGUCACCAAGAGCGUGAGUCACGUGACCGAACUAUCUUCAGUGAACUGGUCCUUUAAUGGUCAUAAUGUAAUAUAGUAUAUGGUAUAUAAUAAGUAUAUUACAUAUGAAUAAAUGCAUGUAGUCCAAAAAAGAAUUACUUUUCUUUGUUGGACUACAUGACUUCACCCCGGAUGAGCACUCCAUUAAAUAGAAGCCUUUAGUAGGCCCGGCACAUGAUAAAUAUACAUACAUGUAUUAUAAAGGUGAUUAUUCUUACCUUCACAACAGCACAUGGCUCAUAACGUAUUUUUUAUGUAUAUAUUCAUAAUACUUUACACAUAGUUGAUCCACAAAGAGUAGGGCUUUGGAAAUACCUUGUUUGUUUUUGUACAAAAGUGUGUGUAGUAGUAUUGUACGCCUAUGUGUAAAUAGAGUGGGGGAAAAAAGUAUUUAGUCAGCCACCAAUUGUGCAAGUUCUCCCACUUAAAAAGAUGAGAGAGGCCUGUAAUUUUCAUCAUAGGUACACGUCAACUAUUACAGACAAAAUGAGAAAAAAAAUCCAGAAAAUCACAUUGUAGGAUUUUUUAUGAAUGUAUUUGCAAAUUAUGGUGGAAAGUAAGUAUUUGGUCAAUAACAAAAGUUUCUCAAUACUUUGUUAUAUACCCUUUGUUGGCAAUGACACAGGUCAAACGUUUUCUGUAAGUCUUCACAAGGUUUUCACACACUGUUGCUGGUAUUUUUUGUUCACCGUUCUUGUGAUCAUUUUGACCCCACGGGGUGAGAUCUUGCGUGGAGCCCCAGAUCGAGGGAGAUUAUCAGUGGUCUUGUAUGUCUUCCAUUUCCUAAUAAUUGCUCCCACAGUUGAUUUCUUCAAACCAAGCUGCUUACCUAUUGCAGAUUCAGUCUUCCCAGCCUGGUGCAGGUCUACAAUUUUGUUUCUGGUGUCCUUUGACAGCUCUUUGGUCUUGGCCAUAGUGGAGUUUGGAGUGUGACUGUUUGAGGUUGUGGACAGGUGUCUUUUAUACUGAUAACAAGUUCAAACAGGUGCCAUUAAUACAGGUAACGAGUGGAGGACAGAGGAGCCUCUUAAAGAAGUUUUUACAGGUCUGUGAGAGCCAGAAAUCUUGCUUGUUUGUAGGUGACCAAAUACUUAUUUUCCACCAUAAUUUGCAAAUAAAUUCAUAAAAAAUCCUACAAUGUGAUUUUCUAGAUUUUUUUUCUCAAUUUGUCUGUCAUAGUUGACGUGUACCUAUGAUGAAAAUUACAGGCCUCUCUCAUAUUUUUAAGUGGGAGAACUUGUACAAUUGGUGGCUGACUAAAUACUUUUUUUCCCCACUGUGUUUGUGGUUGUGUGUCCUUUGGGUGUCCCAGAUGGCUCAAUGCAGCAGUGCUCUGGACAAGCUGCAGGGUGAGCUGCCGGACCCCACCACAGUGAGCUCCGCUCAGGGAGGCCCACUGGUUCUGCUAGUGCAGACAGAGCAGCACCAGGUUGGGCUAGAGCGGGAACAGCGAAUCCUGACCUCCCUGGAGCUCCGGCUCUCCCAGCUCCUGGGUGAGUCCAGCCCUCAGGAGACAGCUAGCCCCAUCCCAGUCUGCCAAAGGCUGAGGGACAUGCAGGAGCGCCUUAGG